GAUCGGGCCCAUGCCAGACCACGGAAAAUGGCGACUGUGAAAUAGAUGAGAGACGAAACUAAGAAAUUAUCCAAUGCGGCGAUUAUAUUGUGUUCUGUCUUCUACCACACGUUUUCGAGGUCAUGGCGACUGAAAUGGCGUGUCUUGCGGGGGUUGAUGUUGAGGAUCAAGACGGGCAUCCUGAGAUUAAUGUCCUUACACUCCUGCAAGACCCAAUGAGAAUGGCCCAAGAUCCAGUGUCUUGCACCAAUUCUUUUGAAAAAAACGCUCUCAAACAUAACAGUUCCCUCGAUGUGCUUUCAAACUCUGCGAUCUUGUCUCCGAUCGGCUUGGAGAAUGGACCUUCUUCACAACCCGCCACUGAGGCUCACGAACUUGAAAGCAUGUCCAACGAAAGAGAGGAGGAAAAGGACAUGACACAACUAAAAACGGUGCAAGAUAUCGACACUGCCGGAAUAUGGGGCUUUCAGACAGAGUCGCCCGAGAACUCUUUGGAUAAUGGAGACUUGAAGUGGGACCCACAUAAAGAGUUCAUGCACUUUCUGUGGGAUAGUCAAAGCAAUUCCCCCAGUGAGGAGUCUAAAGAUGCCCAAUUGACAGACCAACAAAGGAGAAGAAAACGGAAAAUGGACAUGGUUGUUAUGGUGGAUCCAUCCGAGGACUUCUAUUCCAAGGAGCUCUCUGAAGAGUCGUUUGAGCCGGAGAACCACCAAGACUCCAUCAUUAUCACGAAAGAGAAGAAAUCAGUGCCGUUACCAACCGAGAAACUCAAAAAGCAUCCCAAUGGAACCAUCAAGGUUAAGAAUUCUGCAAAACUUUCAACUCCACCAUUCGUUUGCAAAGAAUGCGGGCAGUCAUUUCGGAAAUCCGGGUCUCUCAUUGAACACAUGUCCACACACAAAGAAAAGAGUAGAAGACCUGAUGACAAAAAAGUACGGACAGACAAGAAGAGGGACAAAAGCAAAAGCGCUAAACUGUGCUGCCCUCAAUGCACAUUCGUAACAAACUGCCCAAACACUUUUGUUGAACACGCAAAAACACACAAGAAGGACAAGAAAAAGCUGAGAUGCGACAAAUGUAGCUUUAACACUUGGACUGAGAGUGAUCUUAAGAGGCAUAAGAUUAUGAAUCACACAGAUGUAACAUUAAGAAAAAAGACUCUAAAGGAGGAGCCCACUUCGUUCUCCUGUAAUAUUUGUUCCUAUAAAACGUUCAGCAAAACCAUUUUCGAGAAUCACAUCCUGAUUCGACACGACCUUUCAUACGAAGAGUAUGAAUUAGACCAGGGUGAAGAAGAAGCACCGCUGUCCAAGAAGCAGAACAGUUCGCCGGUUCAAGACGCAGAGUUUACAUCGAAACUUAUAUAUAAACACAUGACAUCAGAAAAAGCCGGCUCGCCCAAGGAGUCCAAUGAAAUAUCAGACUUGUUCAAAAAUAGCAACAAUAAACGAGUUAAGUCCCAACUGAUGCACUCCAAACUGGACCGAUCUAUUGACAUCCUCCUGUCCAAACAAAGAGAUGGAAAGAAGAGUGAGGAGGUCAUCGAGGAGGAGAAGAACAAUGGCAGGAUAUCUGGUCUGGAUUAUACAGAAAAGGAAACCGACCACUUGUCAAAAACGAAUACUGCGGAAGCUGGAGAUUCAAAAUCCGAGAAAAAGAACCACGGGAUAUUCCCCACUUCAAAUAACAGCGCCCCCAAAUUAAAUCACGAGUUGUCCGUUUUUAGAAAGUCACCUUCCAAGAGGAAGAUGUCCAAGCCGUAUCGCAACACUUCAAACCAAGCCACGCGCUUCAUCCUGCCUAAGCCCUCGACUAAGACGCUGAACCAUGUGGACGCGGAAAACGCCAACGUUUUCCACUUUGACGACGAAGAGUCGAACAGGAACAUCUUUGAAAAUGGCAUCAAGAAGAGCAAGCAAAAUAUCAUUUAUACUUUCAGUAGGAGGAUGUCAAUGAGAGGUGCCCUGCAAGCAUCCAAGAGGCUCUUUGAGAAGAUCAAGACGGAGAAGCAACAGCAGGGCAGCCUUGAUAUAAAAGAAGAGUGCAUCGAAUCCGAGGUUUUCCCUGAUACCUUUGAGCCACACACCAUACCGCUUGGAGAAUCGUUUGAAGACGACCCGCCAGACGCCGAGGUCGACCGCAAGAACUGUCCGUAUUGUCCUGCCGUUUUUGAAUCUGGCGUGGGAUUGUCCAAUCACAUCCGGGGGCAUCUUCAUCGAGUGGGAAUAAAUUACAACGCACGUCACGAGGUGUCUCCCGAGCAAGUGGCUUACCAGGACAGGAGGCCCAGGGUGCGACGGAAGAUGUCAAGAGCGAAGCAGCUACAAAGAGCGGCCCAAAUACAGUUGGGCAUUGACCCGCUACAGAGCAUCCACUCUUGUCCGUUGUGCGGGGACUCGUUUGAUAACAGGACAGGACAGGCCAACCACAUACGUGGCCACCUCAAGAAGCUCGGAAGGAGGUUCAUCUCCAAGAGCAAAUCACCAGUUGUCUUACUCCAGGAGCUGAUGCAGGACAAGAAAGAAUUCCAGAGGGCCGUCCAGCUUCUGGGAAGGAAGCGCAACCAUUAUCGCUACGACGGCUACUUCACGCCAACCGUUGCUAGCGUUAGCGCGGACGCUACACCAGCGACGCCCACGUUUACUGUGCCGGACUUGGAACCAGAUAAAAAAGAGGUACCAGCCAAGGAGGCGAAAGAUUCGCUGUCCGGCACCAACGCGUUGAUAGGGAUUUUAAAGAAGCGGAAGUGUCUGGAAGAGUCCAAACCCAAGGCCUCUGCUCAAAUGUCCAAAAAUCUCCAGCUAGUUCCCUCAAACACAGAACACUGCCCAGGGUCUAAACUCGCCUCUUCGAUGCCAAAUUCUGUUUGUGAGAAGGGCGAAUUCAACAGGAAGGUGUGCGUCCACUGCAACGCCACGUUUCACAGCGGAGUUAGCUUGUCCAACCAUCUGCGGGCAUACGCCAAGCGAAAAAGAAAUGCCUUACAAGAGGGUACAACCUUCGACUGCAAAAUCCGUAAGCAGCGCUCACGGCCGGGCUCAAAGAAGAAGACACCUGCCUUACCCCAAACUCCAGAGGAAAUGUACCGACUCACAUGCCGGUUCUGCGACCUUGUCUUCCAGGGUCCUCUGUCGGUCCAGGAGGACUGGAUCAAACACUUGCAAAGACAUAUUAUGAACACUAGUGUCCCCCACACUGGACUAGGCAUGGUAGACGUCAUGCCCUCGGACCCCCCCAGCCAAAAGACUGAGCAGGACAGCUCGUGGACUGCCUCCGACGCAGCCUUGUGAAGGCUUUUGCUUUUUUAGAACAUACUGAACUGUAGGUGGAUGUCGUUUCACUUUUGUUUUGUCAACAUACUGGCCAAAGUACACUAUCGCUCACACGGGUGGGAAAUACUGUACAAGGACACAGACAGUUAUUUUGGAUACUGUUACAUUAUUCUGUUAUGACAUGGUCCAUUUUUAAUGCAAUUCCUAACAGACUGUUUUUGUUUUAUGCAGUAGUAUCAUGUGGAGUCCAUUUUUUUAUGAAGACAACCUUUACCUCAGAUUCCUCAUAGCUUCAGUUCCCUCAGUGAGAGCACCUCUCCACUGUAACAACACUCACAUUUUCAUGGUAGAAAAUGUCCAAAACACACUCUGCUUUUAACCGUACUUCCUUUGAUAUUCAGCGUUUAUAAAGCGACACGACAAACAGAAACAAGUCUGCGUCCAAGAGAAGAGGUUUAUUUCAUCCAUCAGUUCAGUUCACAGUUGUAAUAGAGAAAAGGUUUUCAACAGAAGCGCAACAGGCUCUGUUGCACACAGAAGUUAAAAUCCGGUUUGGAAUUGAUACAGUCACAUACGUUCAAUCCUCUGUUUCAAAAACAAUAAAACAAUAUCCCAAUUGCAAGUAUUUAUUUGUAAAAGCAUGAAGACUGAAAGGGUUCCGUUUACAUGUUGUACAGUCCUGAACGUAGAGAUUUUACCUUCAGUGGUCAGUGGCAUCACGUUUGAGUGUUCUGUUUGUUUUUCUCUUCUGGAUCUGAGGGGGAAAAUGUGACUGUUGUUUUGCUCAUUGAAAGGGACUGCCGCCCUGGAAGGAAAAAAAAAAAGUUCAGCACUUAAAGCCAGUCGGGUUUUUUUUUUUAAGCAAGAUUUGAUAAAUCCUAAGUGCAAUUAAGUUUGAUAAAUUAUAGCAAGUUGACUCACAGGCUGUUUACAAGGACCCAUUCUUUCAAUUGUGAUUUGUAGGUAAUAAAACAAGUGGUUUGGUGUUGGAGGAAGAUGUUCUAUUGCAGAUUGUUCCCUUAGAAAAUAGCUCAUCUGGAGUUGUGUUGUUACAUUCUUAAGGUUUAAACACCACCAUUCACCACUCCUCUAACUGAACACGGAUGCAACCGGCUUCUGACACGCAAGAUAAGUCACUUGGACCUUAUUUCAACUCACUUUUGAUGCCACCAUUACAGGAAAUAUAACUAGAUAAAUUCAAAUGCUUUUUAUAUGUACUUCAAACGCACAACACUGGCUUUGUAUUUUGUCUUUUUUUUAUGAUCUAUAUAAUGUACAGUUAGUAAAGUUAAGUACCUUAAGAAAGACUUCUAGUUCUGGUUUCAACUGUUUCAACAUUGAAUCUGCUUUUUCAAGACAAGCCUGCCUCCGAUCCACUUCCGAGUCCUGCAACAUAUUCAUUCAUCAAGCACCGUCCUCCUUCUUUUUUCUUUAAAACUGGUGGUGAUAUUGACAAGAGCGUACCUGUGUGUUGAAGAGAUGUUCCUCCGAGGUGAUGUGCUUCUGCACCGAGGCGACGGACGUGGACACAAACACUCGACACGCGGCGCAGUGGAAUAUUUCAACCUUUGUCAUGUGGUCCUUCUCCUGAAGCGCUGACAAUGAGUGUCACGUUGAAUUUCUGGCUUGAAUAAAAGACAAACAUUUCUCUGGCUGGCUGUAAUGAUUUACUUUGAAUGGCUCUGGGGUCCACGUCUGGGCUGCACUUGGAGCACUUGUUCAGCAUGACUUCCUGU